AUGUUACUAAAUAAUGCAGCUGGAGUUUUGUUAGUUUUAGUGGUAGUGUGUGCUCAAAAUCCAUCCCCUAGAAAUCCAAGGACUAUACAAUCAUUUUUAACGAAUGUCGGUGAUUUAUUUGGAUACGAUGUGUUUAAACGACCCAGAAUAGUGAUAAAUAUCCCUGGGACUAUUGCAGUAGCACCAGUUCCAGCUCCUGCACCAGCUCCGGCUCCUGCACCAGCUCCGGCUCCUGCACCAGCUCCGGGACCAGCACCAGCUCCUGGACCAGCACCAGCUCCUCGCCCAGCACCAGCUCCUCGCCCAGCACCAGCUCCUCGACCAGCACCAGCUCCUGGGCCAGCUCCUGCACCAGCACCGGCUCCUGCCCCAGCCCCUGCGCCAGCAGCAAUUGCAGCUCCUAAUUUGCUAACUGAUAGUGUACGCAGGCAGUUCAGUAUUAAUUUAAAUUGGGAUAGAAGUAAGUCACCACCUCCAAAUGAACCCGUAAUUGUUCUAUCUCCACCAGGUGCCCUAGUUCAAACAGCAGCACCAGUACCGGCUGCUGCUCCUGUACAACCUGCGCCUACGGGACCACCAAUACCUGCAAAAAUUGAACGGGAACGACAACCAGAAAGAAGGCAAGAUCAAGAGGAUGAAAGUGUGCGCGAAAGAGAACCGGUUGAGGAUUACGAAGAACAAGCUGAAGAUUAUGAAGAUAGGCCGAAACGAUUCCAUAUAACCAUUCCUGAUUAUACUAAUCUAGAAAAAUUAACAGAAUCUAAAAGGGAUAUAAAUUCAAAUGGGGACGCAGGUAAGAUCAGAUUCAAAGAAGAUUUUCAAAAUUACUGGAGAAAUGCACCGUGGACUGUUGAACAUGGUUACAAAUAUGUAGUGCCCCAAGAAUCGUCAAGAACGCUUGUCAACUCUAAUAAACCAAACGAAAUACCAAAAGAAUUAUCGAAAUACGAAGAACUUCCUCUUCCUAAAGAGAAUUCUGUACGUAGUUUGAAUUUCAUUCAUAAUAUAAGAUUUUAUACUAAAGAACCUCAGGCAGCACCCUCAACUGCUGUCAGUUAUAUUCAAGCACCUCCUCAGAAUGAAGACUACCAUGCCGCGCCUUCCUAUUUAACGUCCCGUAUCGUUAAUGAACAGUUGUUGAAUUAUUUCGAUACAAAAAAUAUCAACAAUUCUCCAAAACCAGAUGAACAAUUACCAGAGCAAUCUUAUCUUACCUCCAAAGCUGUUAACGCCGAGUUACUUAAAUUCUAUGAAGAUAAAUUUAAAAAUGACGCUGCUGAAAAACAACAGCAAGUUAAUCAAGCACACAUAGUCAAUAUACAAAAUAAUCCAGAUACUCAUUCAAUUUUUCCAUAUAUAUUAAAAGACGAUAACAUUCAGAAUUCACCCCCAAAUCCUCUGCAAAAUAUUCCUCCCGACACCCCAGUAAUUAUUAACUAUGUUCAACAAGAUAACCCACUAGCUUUCUACGAAAGGCCUCACCCAGAUCUCACAAUAGAAAUAAAUAAUCAGGGAAUUGACGGUAACAUAAAUUUUCCAGAAUCUCCGAAGAAAGAAAACAAGAAAAACGAACAAAAACUGUUUGACGAUUUGUCUCAUGAGAAGAAGCAAUCAUUGAACGUAUUGAAAACUGAAAGUAGCAAAGAUAACGAAGACGAAAAGAGGUUCCACAUAAUCGACAAUAAUGCGAAAGAAAAUCUUGAAGUAGAAAAUAUCGGUGAAGACCAAGCUGAAGAACAAAAAGAUAGAGAGAAUGAAUACGAGGAAUCUGCUGGAGCAGAGAAUAAUGAAAAAACUGAAUCAGAUGAAGAGACUAUAAAUGGAGAAGUACGAAAGGAAUCUACAGAAGACGAAGAUGGUGAAAUUAAAAACGAAGAAUACCAAGAAGAAUCCAAACGAGAUAAGGAGAGCGAAGAAUCUAUCAAAGAUAAAGAAACUGAAGAGCUUAGUGAAAAUGAAGAAAAGGAUACAUCUAAGAUUAAGCCCGAAAACGAAGAAUCUAGGAACGAGGCAGAGAAUGAGGAAUCGAAUAAUGAAGAAUCAGAUUCAUAUGAACAAACAAGAGAUCAACAAUACGAUUUCAAAGAUAUAGAUAGUUUUAUAAGCACACAUUUUGGUGAUAUAAAGUCUCCGGAUUAUGAGAAAAUCAGAGAAAAAAUUGUAUCUGAAGGCGAAGCAAGAGCAGAGCAAUCAGUAGGAGCCUCCGAAAAUGGAGAAAAUGAUUUUUACGACGAAAAUGGAGAAUCCCAUAAGGAUAAUGAAGAAUAUAAAUACACAACUGCAGAGUCCAAUGAUGGAAAUAAAGAGAUUGGAGAAGCUAAGGAGGAAAACGAUGAUUUAGAGGACGAAGUAAAAAUUAUCAAAGAUGAAGAGGAAGAAUUGACGAAAAUACGAGAUCUGGAGCGUCAACAUAAUCAAGAAUUUGGUACGGUAUUUCCAAAAUUAGGCGAAGGAACUGAGUAUGCAGAUUUUUUUAAAGCAUUCUCAGACAACUCCAGCGAAAAUAAAUUUAAAAAUCAGGAAAAUGAAAAUUUUAAAACUCCGGAAGACGAAAAGAAAGAUUCCUCAACAACUAUUGAGAAGUAUAAAGAUAAAGCGCAAAUUAAAACCAAUCAAAACGUCGAGGGGUUGAACAAAUUUGAUAUACAUGAUAGUUAUAGAAAAGCUAAAGAAGAUUUUACUAAAAAAUUAACGGUGGGCAAUAAAAAGAACUUUUCUAAAGAAUCACAAAAGGAUUAUGGAAAAACUGAACCAAAAAAACAAUUCACAGACAAAGAUAACUUUGAAUCGACAGAAAAAACAGUGGUACAUCCUUUAUACUCCGGAGUUUGGCGUAUUGGUAAUUUACAAGAAUUAUAUAAAUUAGAUAAACCUGUAACGGUACCUUUCGACAUUGAUUACAGUGCUUCCGAACACAAAGGUAAAGCUCAUCGAUCCAAAAGAAGCACAGAAGACGGCGAAGGGGUAGUUAAUUUAUACGAACAAUUAAAUAAAUAUAUACCAGAUACCUAUUCAGAAACAUUCUCAGCCAACGUUGAAAUUCCAGAGCCACAAAUUCCAGAUUACAAGAGUCUUGAUGUUAUAACUCAACAAGAUGACCCUUUGUCUUCUAAUGCGAGAAUUUUUAGUAAGGAGGUAGGAAGGAGAAGAAGUGUUGUAAGAAAUAUACGACCAUUUAUAUUCAGUUACUAA